AUGCCCAGGGAGCCCUCUUCAUGGCAGGCCUACUGUGCGAGGGAUGCUGAGCGUGCCAAGGCAGACUCUGUAGCAGAGCCGCCAGAAGAGCUGAAUGAUACAGAGGAUACUACAGGCACAACAACAACUGUGACGAGCACCAGCUUGGACACUGUCACCUCCGUGGAUAUGAUUUGGACAAAUGAAUCAAAAGAUUCCAAUGACUCGAAUGCCUCAAGCACGACGACAGUUUCGGUCACACGUACCAGGACGAUGACAAGCACCACCAUUACGACCAUGACAACAAUGGAUCCUGCGCUGCUACAAGAGCAGCGGUCCUUGACGACCCCCAUCCCUGAUCCUCCAUUGCACCCUGGCACCUGUGAGUUGGUGCCCUUUUUGCCAACCUUGCUUUGUGCAGCCUCGGCGCUCGGACCUGGCGCAGUGUUGCUCUUCUUCUCAGCCAGGUACUUCUCGUCACUCUUGGGGUUGAUGGCGGGUGCCUUGGCAGCCGCAUCUGCCUGUGGCCUUGGCGCCAUUGCCAUUUUCAUGGCAGGCUUUCUCAGCCUCCGUGGCCUCAUGAGUGCUGCUGGGCCACAACUGGUG